AUGUGGGUCGACAACUUAAAGAAUUUCUGGUAUUUAUGGAACAUCCGGAGUCUCAUUCUGUUAAGCCUCUUCACACAAAUCAUAUUAGUCCUUUUCGCAUCCUUUAGGCAGAGAAGCAGAAACAUUAUACUAAGCCUAUUUCUCUGGUCUACCUACCUUGUGGCGGACUGGAUUGCUAUUUAUGCUAUAGGACUAAUCUCCAAUAGCCAAAAUGAUCCCAAGAAAGGCAACAAAGAUAUUCUUGCUUUCUGGGUCGCUUUUCUUUUGCUCCAUCUCGGCGGUCCUGAUAGCAUUACCUCUUAUUCUCUUGAAGAUAACGAACUCUGGAUCCGCCAUUUGUUUCGACUCAUUGCGAAGUUAUCUGCCGCUGCUUAUAUCUUGUUCCAAACAUUUCCCCACAACAAAAUAUGGUUCCCAACAAUCCUCGUCCUCAUCGUUGGAGCAAUCAAGUAUGGAGAGAGAUUAAUGGCUAUGUAUCUCGCAAACUUGAAGCGUUUCGGAUCCACUACAUUGCCGAAGCCAAAUCCUGGUUAUGACUAUGAAGAAUCCGUGGCGAGAUACUCCCAAACAAGGUCUGUUAAGGUUGUGGAAGAGACACAGAUGACAAUAGUGGAAAGCCAUGAACAUUCUUACAAAGGUCGAAGUAUAGAUGAUCCAGAAAAGCAUAUGGAACUACUAAUUACGGCUUAUUCUCUCUUUGAGGAUUUCAGGGGACUUCUUGUGGGCUACAUUCUGAACCCAGGUGAUCAAAAAUCAAGCAGGAAUUUUUUUCUCCAUAUCAGCUCUGAUGUGAGUUUCAGAUUAAUGGAGUAUGAGCUAAGUUUAAUGUACCAGCUUCUACACACCAAGGUCUCUGUGUUGUUCACUGGAAUUGGGCUACUUGUUCGUUCUCUUAGCGUGUGUUCCAUGGUUGUUGCUUUCAUUUCGUUUCAUUAUUUGGUUGAUAAAGAUAAGUUGAAAAAGUUCGAACUCAUCCUUAGUUACGUACUGGUUAGUGGAGCUAUAUUUGAUGAUAUUAUCUCUGGAAUUAAGCUCUGUUUCUCUGACUGGCUCCUCAUGUUCAUCUACCUGAAGGGCUGGAAAAAAUAUAUUCCGGCCUUUCCAGAGCGAAUGUCACCACAGCACCAAAUAUCUUGGUCCGCUUACUUGUCAGAUAAAAUGAGCUCAAUUCGAGAAUGUAUUUUAAAAGGCAGAAGGUGGUCUAGAUCGGUUUCGCAGUAUAAUAUGAUAAGACUUUGCCUUAAACUCAACAAAUUGGAAAAGUGGCUCUUCUCUGGCUGCGUUUCUUCCUUGCUAGAUAAAGAUCAUAUAUUUUGGUAUUUUACGUCGGAGGAGAAGAACAUUGAAGAACUCAAGGGUUUGAUCUUCGAAGAGCUGAAAAAGAAAUCUUCCAAGCCAAGUGAUGCAAAGGAGGCAUGUUCACACCGAGGUGAUCGUGCUCUUUUAGGCUCUAAGAGCUAUGUCAAGCUCCAAUGGAGCAUCAACGAGUUUCACUAUGCCGAAAGCCUUCUUCUUUGGCACUUAGCCACUGAACUUUGCUAUCAAGACGAUCAUCAUCAUGGUGGUCCUCGACAUGUUGAUGAGCAGAAGAGGAUAGAUAUGAGUAAAAAAAUUUGCAAGAACAUUUCGGAUUAUAUGUUUUAUCUUCUGGCAAAGAAACAGGAAUUGCUGGCACCAGUUCUGGGAAAUAUUUGGGAGAUAGUUUUUCAGGAUACUUUAGAAGAGGCAAAGGGUUUCUUUUCCAAACACUUCCUAACAGAUCAUCUGAAAGCCUGCAAGAAAUUGAGUAAUGUAAAACCCAAAUACAGGCCUGCUGAAGUGAAAGGAAAUAGUAGCAAAUCCGUGUUGUUUGAUGCAUGUAGGCUAGCAAACCAACUCCAAAGCUUGGAGGGAAACCAGUGGGAGCUGAUGAGUAGGGUUUGGGUGGAAUUAUUGUGCUAUAGUGCAAUUAAUUGUCAGGCAAUCGUCCAUGCACAGCAACUAAGAAAGGGUGGAGAGCUUUUGACUUUCAGUUGGUUGCUCAUGAAUCAUUUGGGUUUGGGAUCCCAGUCUCAAGAGCAGCAGAUCAAAAAGUAG